AUGGACCCUUCGGAAGCGUGGCGAUUGGAUGCCCUUGGCAUAAGCGAUCCGGUUCCUGAUCCCGACGAUGACUUUGCGGCCGCCUACUUUACAAGCCAUGUACGGCAAUGUGACGGUCGCUACGUCGUCCCGCUAAUGGUUAAACCAGAACUAGGGCUCCCUGCUUGCGCCAAUAACAGGAAUACGGCUCUACAGCGCCUCCUCUCGCAACUACGUCGGUUUCGUUUCGACCCAGAAUUGCUGUCUCAGUAUGACAAGGUCAUACGUGAGUAUUUUGACGAAGGUCAUGCUGAGAAGGUAAUGGGGAUCACCAGCCGCCAAGAAAACGUUUAUUACAUGCCCCAUCACGCGGUUGUGCGACAAGAGGCGAUCACCACGAAACUCAGCGUUGUAUAUGAUGCGUCGUCCCACUUGCCAGGUCAGCAAUCGUUGAAUACUCUCCUGAUGAAAGGGCCGAAGCUAAACGCAGAUCUGCUCCAUCUUCUGUUGCAGUUCCGCUGCAGCUCCACGGUUUUAACCGCCGACAUCAGGAAGGCAUACCUGCAAAUCAUCAUUCGCCCCGAAGACAGAGAUUUCCUUCGCUUUCUGUGGGUAAAGGAUGUACGGCAGGCAUCCAACGACAGCAAUCUCGAACUUGUCGAGUGGCGGAUGACUAGAGUCCCUUUCGGAGCUACUUCGAGUCCAUUUUUGCUAGCAGCAACGCUGCAACACCACUUUGAGGUAGUUUGCUCGGAUUAUCCCAACACCGUAUCCCGCAUCCGGACGGGGUUUCAUGUCGACGAUCUGGUCGUCGGCUGCACGUCAGGCGGUGAUGCGUUGCAGGUAUACCAAGAAACGGUAGAAAUACUGAAAUCCGCUGGAAUGGAUAUUCGCAAGUGGACCUCAAACUCUCCGGUUCUGCGGGAGAGGUUUCUCAUGGACGGCACGCCCUAUGACAAUGCCUCCGACGGCGACCCCAUCGUCAAGGUUCUCGGCCUAUAUUGGGAUCGCAGCACGGACGGUCUUCUUCUCAACACGACUCGAGCAGCAGACUUCGCCGUCGCACACCCUGCCACGAAGCGCACUGUCCUGAAAGCAUUUUCACUUGUGUAUGACCCCUUGGGGUACAUCGCACCUGUCAUUAUAUCUGCGAGAAUUCUGUUUCAAGACCUGUGGCACAAUGGCCUAUCGUGGGACCAACCAGUUAGCGAAUCAGACAACGUAAUCUGGGAGAAGUGGAAGGUCAGCCUGGGAGAAUUGAACCUGCUCAGACUCCCGCGCUGCGCUCUCCCUGAAGAUAACUCACCCGUCGAUGUGCACUGUUUCGCAGAUGCCAGUCCGAAAGCCUAUGGCACUGCCAUACACUUGCGGAGUCUUUCUCCCAACGGCUCUCUUCUGGUCCAUUUGCUCAUAGCACGGGCUCGUCUGGCACCAUUAAAACAGGUGUCGUUGCCUCGUCUCGAGCUCCUCGCCUGCCUCUUGGCUACACGUCUCUACCGUCACGUUUCCGCGAUGAAGACUCUCAGUCAAGUGCCAGUACAUUUUUGGACAGAUUCCACCAUCGCUCUUCAGUGGAUUCAUGGAUCUGGCAGCAAAACCCAGCAAUUUGUUCAGUCUCGAAUAACCGAAAUCUUGUCUUCAUCGCGCGCUGAUCAAUGGUUCCACUGCAGCGGUAGUGACAACCCCGCGGAUUUGCUCACUCGGGGCGUAUCCGCUACCACUCUGAAGUGCUGCAGAUUGUGGUGGACAGGUCCCGGCUGGCUCUCGUCGUCGUUUGGCACCUUCGUGAGUACAGAAAACCAGCUUUGCCAACCAGGGACUCGAUUAACCGAUGACAGAGCCUCUCCAGCAAGUGAAUGUCCAGCUGUGCUCAAACAUGACUUCGUUUUGGCAGUCGUCGCAAUUGAAGAAUGGAUGGAGAUCACGGACUACGGGACGUCAUCCAGGCUCCUUCGGGUCACCGCCUGGAUGCUGAGAUUUGCGAACAACGUUAGAUCUGCGAGACCAUCCGUGUCUGGUCCACUCACACUUGAGGAAAUCACGCAUGUUGAGAACUUUUGGAUCCGUCGCGUGCAGGCUGAGGCUUUCCCCCAUGAGGUUGCCGCUCUCAGCAAAGGAAACGUCGUCAAACCAUCAUCGUCCCUACAUGCGUUCCAACUGUUUUUGGACGCCAACGGCAUCAUGCGCGUCGGCGGCCGUCUUCAUCAACUGAACGUGGUCGACGCCAUAAAGCACCCCAUUCUUCUGCCAUCGAAGCAUCACUUUACGCAUCUCGUAAUACUCGACGUUCACCGACAAGCCCUGCACGCCGGAGUACAAGAUACUAUCACCCAAGUCAGGAACCGAUUUUGGGUCCUCCGGGCACGCCAGACGGUUCGUCGCGUCCUACACUCCUGCCUCAGCUGCCGCCGGCAGCGCGCCGAACUCGCAAGCGUUCCAACGGCCCCCCUCCCCCGCGAGAGAAUCACACAGGCCAACCCUUUCUCGGUAGUUGGUCUGGAUUUCGCAGGGCCGCUGUUCAUCACGAACGCCGCAUCAGGAAAAGCAUACAUCGUCCUUUUCUCGUGUGGCGUCACCCGAGCCAUCCACCUAGAGCUCGCAUCUUCUAUGAACGCUGUAGACUUUCUACUGGCCUUCCGUCGCUUCGUUUCAAGACGUGGUGUGCCCACCCUGGUCUAUUCAGACAACGCCCGAACGUUUCACACGUGCGCAGCCAUCUUGUCUGCGCCCACCACAGCUGAAGUACAAGAUUUUGCAACUCAGCACCGUAUACAGUGGCGGUUCAUCGUCGAGCGAGCACCUUGGUGGGGCGGAUGGUGGGAACGCCUCAUCGGCACCGUGAAGGCUGCUCUAAGGCGAUGUCUCGGUAGAAGCCGCCUUACUUUCGAGCAACUAACUACAGCCCUAUGCGAUGUGGAAGCUCUCGUAAAUUCCCGCCCGUUAACCCACGUCGCAUCUGAUGUCGAGGAACUCGUACCCCUCACGCCAAGCCACUUUCUGAUAGGCAAACGAGCCAUCUCUCUACCGGGCGAACACGCUGCCAUCUCACAGCCUGACGCGGAGGACCUCCGGCACAACUUCAGAGAAAUGCUGAAGGCGAAGGAACUCUUCUGGAAGCGCUGGAGAUACGAGUACCUUCUGCAGCUGAGGUCUGCCCACGUGACUGCGUCUCCUACCCAAAGUCGUUUCAAGAAAGGGGAUGUGGUGGUGCUUCAGGAAGAUAAUGUCCGUCCCCCUUUUUGGAAGCUCGGACGCAUAGCGAAGUUAAUACGAGGGAGAGAUGGGUUAGUGCGGGCAUGCUCAGUACGUCUCGCAAGCGGCACUACCGUAACCCGUCCAGUUCAAAGGCUUUGCCGUUUGGAAGCAGACGUCUCGUCACCCGCGGCCGGGGAUGAUGUUGCGGAUUAA